AUGAAUCCAGCAUUAAAUUAUACUCAACCAAGCACUCAGAUUGGCCGCAGUGAUGUGAACACAGUGACCAACUGGAACGUUCCCCUGGUUUGGGAAGGAACUUUUGAUCCAGCUGUGAUAGAUGAUAUCUAUAAAAGCAUCAACCCCAGAAUUGCUGUCUUGGUUUUAGCUGUUGGCAAAUACACAACAUUUAUAAAAGGUUUUUUGGAGUCAGGGGAAAAAUACUUUUUUGUUGGAUUCCGAGUGACAUACUACAUCUAUACAGACAAUAAAAAGGAGGUUCCAAAGGUGAGCCUGGCUCCUGGUAGAAACAUGUUGGUCUUGAGUGUUCCCAGUGCAAACCGCUGGCAGGAGGUGGUACUUAGCAAGAUGCGGUGGGCAAUUGAUGCGAUUGAAAAUUGGGAUACACACCGUGACAGUUUUCCAUAUGAGCGCCGUCCUGAAUCUCGUGCUUUCAUACUAUAUGGAAAAGGAGACUUCUACUACACUGCAGCUGUGUGGGGUGGUUACACAGAAGAUAUGUACAAGCUGGUCAAACACUGUAAUGACAAAUCCUUGGAAGAUGCUGAUAACGGAAUAGAAGCUGCAUGGCAAGAGGAAAGUCAUCUCAACAAAUACUUUCUAUACAACAAACCAACUAAAGUCCUAUCACCAGAAUAUCUGUGGUCGGACUAUGAUGCUGUUCCCAAGGACAUUCACGUUCAUUUUUGGGGACCUGUGGCAAACUGGGGUCUCCCUAUUGCCGCCAUUGCAGAUAUGAAAAAGAGCCCUGAGAUCAUCAGUGGCAGAAUGACCUUUGCACUCUGUUGUUACUCACUUUUGUUCAUGAGGUUUGCCUACAAAGUGCAACCCCGUAACUGGCUGCUGUUUGCUUGCCACAUAACAAACGAAAGCGCUCAGUUAGUACAAGCAAGUCGUCUCAUCAAAUACAAUCUUGAGAAGAAGUCAUCAUAA